AUGAUUAAACGGAUUUUGAUCGCCGAGGGCGGUGUUUAAUCUAUAUCUAUUAUUAUAUGUACGUAUAUGAAUGUAUCUAUACUAACCCAAUAUCGUACAAAAAUGAUAAAACAACGGUGGAUUAUAAUUCAAGAAUUAAAAGUAUCCAUUGUUCUUUUUUUAAUUUUAUAAUAGUACAAAGUUGUAAAAAGGUAUUGGUAAAAAGGUAUAAUUACAAUUUUCUUCUUUUAAAUGAAAUUCAAUACUGAAUUAAUUUAUUUACAAUUACAAUAUAUAUAUAUAUAUAUCAUAUAUAUAUAUAUAAAUUGUAAUUGUAAAUAAAUUAAUUCAGUAUUGAAUUUCAUUUAGAAGAAGAAAAUUGUAAUUCCCAAUAUAUAUAUGGAAAGUCUGAGCGAAUAAUAUACAAAAGCGGGCAUAAUAUGAUUCCUAAUAAAAAGGAAAGAAAAGAAUAUAAAAAUUAUUAAAAGAAUAAAUUAUUUUCCGAUCUCAUUAAUCUUAUUAAUUUCUUAAAGUAUUUCUAUAUUUUAUUAUUUAAUAUCAUCCGACUGGUAUCUGUGACUUGUGAUAUAAACGAAAUGCAUUUUUUAAUUGUAGGAUUUCUCUCAGUUAACGAAGGAGCUUGCAACAGCCCGCGAAAGUAUCCUAGAGAAAGAAGAAGAAAUAUCGGAGUUAAAAGCAGAGAGAAAUAAUACUCGUAUUGAAGCCGGUACUUGUAUCCUACGACAUUGCUCGCCAAGACGAUUCUAUUGCUUUCCACAGCUUCUGCUCGAGCAUCUGGAAUGUCUGGUUUCCCGACAUGAACGAUCGCUUAGGAUGACUGUAGUGAAGAGGCAAGCGGCUGCACAAUCUGGAGUAUCGUCCGAAGUUGAAGUGCUCAAAGCUCUAAAAAGUCUGUUCGAGCACCACAAGGCUUUGGACGAGAAAAAUGAGACUGAGCAGGCAGCAGGCCAGCAGGAACAGCAGCAACAACCGGAACAACAACAACAACAACAACAACAGCAACAACAGUCGAUACAAAAGCUAGGUACGGAGAAGUCAACAGAGAUCGAAAGUAGAUUGAGCAAUGGCAGUCUCGAUCCUGUGGACCAGGAUUCUGCGGCACGCGUAAUAGAUUUACAAGCCACUCUCGACAAGCAGAGCUCAGAAUUGAGCACAUGGCAACGGCGUGUAGCCGAAUUAAGUGGUCGAGUGACAGAAUUAGAAGAAACAUUAUCUAAAACUCAAAAAGACCUUCUAAAAACGCAAGAAACAAAUGUUAAGCUGCAGAGAGAUUUACGUGAAAAUGUUGCCCAAAAAGAGGACCAAGAAGAGAGAAUAGCGACUCUUGAAAAACGAUAUCUUAAUGCUCAACGAGAAUCCACCAGUUUGCAUGAUCUCAAUGAAAAGCUGGAGCAAGAGCUGCAACAUAAGAAAGCUCAAUUAAAGCUCCAAGAAGAAAAAAUAGCGGCAAUACAAGAAAAACUAGAACUUGCAGAACAAAAAUUAGCCCAAUAUGCUAAACUACCAGAAAUGGAAGAACAAUUAAAACAGAGGAUGGAGGCUCUGACGCAGGUGAGGAGGCCCAACCAGGCUCAAGAAAGACAUGGCAGCGCAGAAGAUAGAAUACAAAGAUUGGAAACACAACUUGAAGAAAAGAAUGCAGAAGUGAUGCGUGUCAAUCAACGACUUAAAAUGAAUGAGGAACAUAAUACGCGACUUAGUACAACUGUUGAUAAACUUUUGUCUGAAUCUAACGAAAGAUUGCAAGUGCAUUUGAAAGAAAGAAUGCAUGCAUUAGAAGAGAAAAACGCACUCACGCAAGAACUAGAGAAGACUAGGAAAAUAGCGGAAGAUCUUCAAAAUGAAAAGGCUGACAUAGUUAAAGAAUUAGGAAAAGCUCGUUUAGAGAUCGACAAUGUGAAAAGACAAAUGCUCCAACAGGAAAUCGCGUUCAAUAUUCAACAAACAGAUGCUCUAACUAGAAGUUUAUCUCCAAAUGCAGUGGACCCAGGUUCAUUUUCUAGGAGUGCAAGUCAUAGUAGUUUUGAUACUCAUUCUUUGCCAAGAAGAACGGGUAAACGAUCUGCGAUCGAAGAAGAUCCAUCAAAGAAUUAUGUAGCACGCACUUUAGCAGAACAGGAAUGGGAAAAAUUACAACAGGCUCAUGUUCUCGCAAAUGUGCAACAAGCAUUUGAUGUUUCCAGUGAUGCAGAAGGUGAUGGAGAUAAUGAAAGUCUAUUCAGCUGUGCAGCUGAUGUAAUCAGUCCUACAGGACAUACAGAUGCUCAAACACUAGCAUUAAUGUUACAAGAACAGUUAGAUGCAAUAAAUAAUGAAAUUAGAUUAAUUCAGGAAGAAAAACAAAGUACCGAAGCGCGUGCUGAAGAGUUGGAGUCUCGGGUUGGUAGUUUAGAACACAUGAAUUUAUUAGCAAGAGGACGAAGUCUCGAACGAGCAUCUCCACCAUUAAGUGGACGAUCUACUCCAAAAUCUCAUCAUAGUCCAAAUAGAGAUUAUUUACAUAAAUAUCAUACUUUGCAAUUAUCAGGCGAAGAAUUGCAUUCAGUAAGUGAAAGAGACAGUACUGGUGGUGCAGGAAGUGGUAGUGAUGCCGCUUCACCAUUAACUGCUCGAUCGAUUAGGCUAGAACGAGUAGCACAAGCACUUGCUCAUAGUCAAGAGGAGCUUAGAAGACGUACUGGACAAGCCGGAUUUCCUACCAGUGGUUUUCCUGCUCACAGGUUAAUUAAAGAUUGUAGUACUGCAUGUAAUCCGCAACAUAUGCCGCUGUGCACGACAUAUUUGAGUGGCCUAUGUGGGCAUGAAAUGAACAACUUUGAGGUCGACUUAAGUGACAUCGAUGGUAACAGAUCCUUUUUAUACUUGUUAUCCCUAUGUCACAUAUCCAUGCCUACAGCCCCAAUUUUCGAACACAGUGGUAUGGACGAACCGACUGAUAGAUCUGAUAGAAAUGAGUUCCUGGAAGAAACUGAUAUUAGCUUCUUCCAUCCAUCGUGCAUUCAAGCCUGUCCAGUUCACGACAGACAUCGCUGUCUCAAACAAACGAGGGAAUUUAGACAGCCAAGAGAAUUGCAUCGAGUUAACGUCGCGUCCGAAACUCCUACGCGAAUAAGAUUAGCGCUCCAUGCAGCAGGCAUGGGCAACAUAACAACGGCGCACUCAAUUCUGGGACUCCCCCUUCCCCAUUGUCCUCACGUCAUAGCAGCCAGGACAGUUUGCAUAAGAACAACUUGUCUGGUGUUGGAUUGCCAAUUGGACAACUGUCUAGCUCGCAUUUGCACAUGCAAUCUACCAUGAGUCCAGCAACAGCAGCAGCGGUGGCUGCAGCUCAAAAGAAGAAAGGCAUUAAAAGCAGUCUUGGUAGAUUUUUCAGCAAGAAAGAAAAGAUCAAAGGAAAAGACACACCAAUGCCUGGAGAUAUAUCAGGUAUGGGAGGAGCAAGCACACCUGCUGAUCCUGAUUAUGGAGAUAGUGUUUCUGUAGCUGGAACUAUGGGCAGUAAAAGCGAUUUUGACCGUAGAAAAAAGAAAAGUCCAAGUAUGUUUGGAAGUAUGUUAGAUUCCUCACGGCACGAACUUUUGGCGGAGGCAAUGAAAGCUGGAACACCAUUUGCUCUAUGGAAUGGGCCAACUGUGGUGGCUUGGCUUGAGCUGUGGGUGGGCAUGCCAACUUGGUAUGUUGCAGCUUGCCGGGCAAAUGUCAAAAGUGGUGCUAUAAUGAGUGCUCUUAGUGAUACCGAAAUUCAACGUGAAAUUGGUAUAAGUAAUCCUCUGCAUCGAUUGAAAUUACGAUUAGCUAUACAAGAAAUGGUAUCACUCACAAGUCCAUCAGCACCAAAAACCUCUCGCACAACCUUAGCCUUUGGAGAUAUGAACCACGAAUGGAUUGGUAAUGUUUGGCUACCAAGUCUUGGUUUACCACAAUAUCGAUCCACUUUCAUGGAGUGCCUUGUUGAUGCUAGAAUGUUGGAUCACCUUACCAAAAAAGACCUUCGUGGUCAACUUAGGAUGGUUGAUAGCUUUCACAGAACAAGCUUGCAAUAUGGCAUUUCGUGUUUAAAGCGAUUAAAUUAUGAUAGGCAACAAUUAGAAGAAAGGAGACGAAUGGCGGAAGGUGCCAACGUCGAUGUUCUUGUAUGGAGUAACGAUCGUGUUAUAAGAUGGGUGCAAUCUAUCGGCCUGAAAGAAUACGGGAACAACCUCUUAGAAUCUGGGGUACAUGGUGCUCUUAUAGCCCUUGAUGAAAGUUUUGACGCCAAUAGUUUUGCUUUAACGUUGCAAAUUCCAACCCAAAACACACAAGCUCGGCAAUUGUUAGAAAUGGAGUUUACAAAUUUAUUAACUGUGGGAACAGAAAGGCGACUCGAUGAAUCGAAUAGUAUAAAAUCCUGAUCCAACUCGUCUAGCAGGCUGCCUCAUAUUCAACCACAUCACGUCUAGUCCAAAACCCCAGCUAUUACUACUUUCUGUAUGCAAGUGUAUUGUAAAAGUUGUAAGAGCCUUAAAUAUCACUCUAAGGGUAUCUUCAUACUAAGAGUUGUAAUAUGCGGUAGUAUGAAAACACGAUCAGGCAUAAAUUGUAAAAAAGAGGGUGACUAGUCGUAUAUUCAAGAAGAAAAUUUAAAAUAUUCCAUCAAUUUUUAUGUCACGUAUAUUUCAUAAACCGCUUGUUACAUACAUCGGAUAAAAAAUGACAAUUCUGAAUUAAUUACUCUCAUAUAGAUACUGAAAUGUAGUGAGCGGUCAGGAAAUCAUGAAACAUGUAUUUCCUCGAAAGCCAAAGAAUCAAUUGUAGGUAAUUAUAUGACAAUAAUUCUGUCUAAUUUUACCUUGAUUUCUUAAGGGUAGUAAGACUUGUAGUUUUCAAAAUGCAGUAGGACCUCGAUAAACUAACUAAAUAAUCGGAUAUUCAGAUAAAUCGAAUGAAUAAUUUAGAUCUGAAGAGAAAUAGAUAGAAAUACUUUUUGCGUACAAAAUAAGAUUUUUUUCAUAUAAUUAUAAACAUGUAUAUUUUACGAUAUAAAAAUGUAACUACUGAUACGUAAACCUAUAUCUUUUUUCGAUAUAAAAACCAUAUUUAUAAUACUUUUUCAACAUUUUCAUGUUUUUUUCAUAGUCAUUUUGUUCAGAUUCUAUUCGCCUUUUUCUAUUUUCUUACAAAUAAAUUCUUUUAGAUUGAUAUCAAAAAUAAUCGAUUUUACUGAUUCGUCCCAAUUUAUCAUUCGCUCAAUUCCUUUUUUCAUUGAAAUAAGUAUUUUUCUUUUACAACUCAUUUUUACGGCUUAAAUAUUCACUUAUUGUUAGUAAUAAUGAUAAUGACUUCGUAGAAAAGAUAAAGCAUUCGUAGAAAGCAAUAAACUAUUGAAGGAAAGAGUUUGUGGAAAUGGACGAAAACGUUUGUUAGAAAACAAUGAAAAUGUCGGUUGAUCAAGACUUCGGAUAAUCAUAAUCCGGUUGAGGUCCUAUUAUCAUGGUAGGUUGUAAAUUUUCAGGACAUAAUCGCAUAUUUCUUAUACUAUAUUAUGUACUUAUAUUGUAUAAUAGUUAAAACAACUAUCUAUUUUGAUAAUACUACUUACCGCACAAAACAAAAAUUCCCAAAAUUAUAUUAGUGCCAUUGCUCUCGAGGAAAUUAUUUAUGUACAAGAAAAAGACUGCAUUCUAUAUUUCUGCAUCUAUAAGACAGUGACCUAAUAAGCCAUAUAUAUAAAAGAACACACGCGUGCGCGCGCGCGCGCGCGCCACACACACACACACAUACACAC